GCACAUGCUGCGCUUGGAGAGAGCGGGAGGGUGGAAGAAGAAUGAAGGCGGCGACCCGGGCAGGCUUUAUACGCGAGCCAGAGAGAGUGUACAGGUGAAUGUGCGGGAGAGUGGCGUGGAAGAGUCGACGGAUGAGGUGGGCAGAACAGACCAAGCCAAGGAAACCGCAUUCGACGCUAAUAAUUUCUUGGCGCGCACGUGACCCACGAACGGAUGUCCAAUUUGAGGCCGCCGCCUUUUGCUUUGCGACUCCACCAACAACCACACCUCAGGACUCGUAUUCUCAGUCUCCGGCACCGCGGUUAAAUCGAUUGAGUCUCUAGUUCUCUAAAGCCUACCCUCCACAAUCUACCAAAAUGAAGCAUCUCGCAGCAUACCUUCUCCUCGGCCUCGGUGGAAAUACCAGCCCUUCCGCUAAGGACAUCACCGAAGUGCUCGAGUCCGUUGGAAUUGAGGCCGAUUCCGACCGUCUCGAGAAGCUCUUGAGCGAGCUCAAGGGGAAGGACAUCUCCGAGCUCAUCGCCGAGGGUUCAUCCAAGCUCGCGUCCGUGCCAUCUGGUGGCAGUGGAGGCGGAGCACCAGCUGCUGGUGGUGCCGGUGGCGCUGCUGCUGCUACCGAGGAGGCCGCCGCGCCCGCUGCGGAGGAGGAGAAGGAAGAGUCCGACGAGGACAUGGGUUUCGGUCUCUUCGACUAAGCGUGUCGUUGUGGGAUUUCGUCAACACAUUGCAUGGAAAGGAAAACGGUGUUUGCAUUACGGAAUAUUCGACGAGUGGCAUGCGGAGGAGUUUGGAAGCCGUUGCGCGAGCUGGAUGGCUCGAAUUUGCAUGUCAAUUCAAUGCCAGCAAUCUCUGGAAUACCU